UCGCAGCCCUUUUAGCGCGGCGGGCGGGCAGCAGCAGCCUCCCGGCGGCGUGCGACGAGAGCCGGCACCCCCGUCCCGUCCCGUCCCGUCCCGUCCCGGGUCCCGCCAUGGCGCUGGGGAAGCUGCAGAAGGUGCUGAUCAGCGACAGCCUGGACCCCUGCUGCCGGGAGAUCCUGCAGGCCGGCGGCCUCCGAGUGCAGGAGAAACCCGGCCUGAGCAAGGAGGAGCUGCUGCGGGAGAUCCGGGACUGCGAUGGGCUCAUCGUCCGCUCGGCCACCAAAGUCACGGCCGACGUGCUGGAGGCGGCGGAGAGGCUGCGGGUGGUGGGCAGAGCGGGCACCGGCGUGGACAACGUCGACGUGGAGGCGGCCACCAGGAAGGGUGUCCUGGUCAUGAACACACCCACUGGGAACAGCCUCAGCGCCGCCGAGCUCACCUGUGGGAUGAUCCUGUGCUUGGCCAGGCAGAUCCCGCAGGCAGCUGCCUCCAUGAAGGAGGGCAAGUGGGACCGUAAGAAGUACAUGGGCAUGGAGCUGAACGGGAAGACUCUGGGCGUGCUGGGGCUAGGGCGCAUCGGCAGGGAGGUGGCCACCCGCAUGCAGGCUUUUGGCAUGAAGACCAUAGGCUAUGACCCCAUCAUCACCCCUGAAGCCUCGGCCGCCUUCGGUGUGGAGCAGUUGCCGCUGGAGCAGAUCUGGCCCCGCUGCGACUUCAUCACGGUGCACACACCGCUGCUGCCCUCCACCAUGGGCCUCCUGAACGACAGCACGUUCGCCAAGUGCCGCCGUGGCGUGCAGGUGGUGAACUGUGCCCGUGGCGGCAUUGUGGAUGAGGGCGCACUGCUGCGGGCGCUGCAGUCAGGGCAGUGUGGUGGGGCUGCCCUCGACGUCUUCACACAGGAGCCCCCAAAGGACCGUGACCUGGUGAACCACCCCAAUGUCAUCUGCUGCCCGCACCUGGGUGCCAGCACGCAGGAGGCGCAGAGCCGCUGCGGCAAGGAGAUCGCCAUGCAGAUCGUGGACAUGGCCACAGGGAAGGGGCUGGCUGGCAUAGUCAAUGGGCAGGCUCUCAGCAAGGCUUUCGCACCCCAGAGCAAGCCCUGGAUCACCCUGGCCAGGGCCCUGGGCGUGGUGCUGCGCACGAUAGGCAAGCAGGCACAGGGCAGCGUGCAGGUCUGCACUCUAGGGACACCCCUGCGGGAGGCUGGGAGCUACCUGACACCUGCUGUGGCCGCGGGUAUGCUGGCUGGAGGGGCACAGAAGGAGGUCACCCUGGUGAACGCCCUGCUGCUGGCCCAGGAGGCUGGGCUGAAGGUUAUGACCACCCACAGCGAUGUGGCCCCUGAGCCCGACAGCAGCGCCGGCUUGCUGCAGGUGGCCCUGCAGGGCACCCCGCAUCGGGCAACGGGGACGGUGCAGGGCAGCACCCCAGUGCUGCGGGAGCUUAAUGGGGCCACCUUCAAGCAGCCGGCCCCACUGGCUGGCCCCAUCCUAAUCUACAGAGCCAAAGCCUCCGAGUCCAGCGCGCUGCCCGCGCUUGCCGGAUUGCUGGGGAAGGCAGGGGUCCAGCUCCAGUCCUACCACAGCUCUGGCAUAGUGGCUGGGGAGCAGUGGAGUGUCGUGGGGCUCUCAGCCCCCCUGUCCAACCUUGGUGAGCUGAAGCCACAUGUCACGGAGGUCUUCCAGCUCCACCUGUAGCCCCCAGCUGCUGGCAAGGACUCCCCCCGUGGCCACAGCACCUGGAUCCCCCCCGAGCUGGGCGGGCAUCACACCCGGCCACCCCUGGCUCCCAUGCUGAGCUUGGGGUGGCCCCACAUUCAAUAAAGGGUCCACGAGGGGA